CAGAAAUUUCCUAUGAUUUACUUCUAUAGAAAUAAUUUUACCGUUCCCAAUUCCGUAGUGUGAUUCACCAGCAAAUGUCUUGGUGACAGCAAUUCAUCCAGCUCGGCAACUUCUUGAGCCCACUAAAUUGAGGUGUCCUUCAUCCAGUUCUUCCAUACUCCUCACAACCAAUCCUUCUACCAAACCCUCGCCUGGCCGGCGCGAACCCCACCAUCAUGGAGGAGAACAAGGAACAGGUCCAGGCUCAGCCUGCUGCUGAGCAGCCCGCGGAGCCCUCAAAGAGUGCGCAGAAGAAGGCUGCCAAGGCCUCUGCAAAGGAGGCCAGCAAGGCCGCCAAGGCUGCAAAGGCGGCCCCUGUUGCUGUCAAGAAGACCGACGAUAUCAUCGGUAUCACUGUGUCUAAGGAGGAGAACUUCCCCCAGUGGUACCAAGAGGUGGUCCUCAAGGCCGAGAUGAUUGAGUACUACACGGAGAUUUCUGGCUUCUACAUCUUGCGUCCCGCAGCUAUGUUCGUCUGGUCACAGAUCCGCAAGUGGUUUCAGGAGAAGAUCGACGUGAUGGGCGUGGAGGAGGCCAGCUUCCCCAUGUUUUUGUCUUCUAAGUCACUCGAGAAGGAGAAGGACCACGUCGAGGGUUUUGCUCCUGAGCUUGCCUGGGUCACCAAGGCUGGAGACAAAGACCUCGAAGUUCCCGUUGCUGUCCGACCUACAUCAGAAGCUGUCAUGUACCCGUACUACUCCAAGUGGAUCCGAAGCCAUCGCGACCUUCCCCUUCGUCUGAACCAGUGGAACUCGGUCGUCCGCUGGGAGGCCAAGCAGACGACACCCUUCUUGCGCGCAAGGGAGUUCCUGUGGCAGGAAGGUCACACCGCCCACUUGACAGAGGAAGAUGCAGGCAAGGAGGUUCUCGAGAUCCUCGAGCACUAUGCCGGAGUCUACGAGCAGUUGCUCGCUGUCCCAGUCGUUAGGGGCAAGAAGACUGAAAACGAGAAGUUUGCCGGUGGAUACUACACUACAACGGUUGAGGGUUACAUUCCAUCCAACGGCCGUGGUAUCCAAGGUGCAACCUCCCACUGUCUGGGCCAGAACUUUAGCAAGAUGUUUGACAUCACGGUCGAGGACCCCAAGAAGGAGAAGGGACAUCUUCACGUGUGGCAGAACUCGUGGGGUCUUUCCACACGUGUCAUCGGUGUCAUGGUGAUGAUUCACGGCGACGACAAAGGCUUGGUUUUCCCGCCCAGAAUUGCAAGGACCCAAGUAGUGCUUAUUCCCGUCGGUAUUACCGCAAAGACGACUCCGGAGGAGAGGACGGCACAUACCGCCAAGCUUGAUGAGCUGAGCAAGACUCUGAAGGAUGCUGGAGUCCGUGUGGAGGUGGAUGUGCGUGACGGCUACACCCCGGCCUGGAAGUUCAACCACUGGGAGCUCAAGGGUGUCCCGCUGCGUCUCGAGUUUGGUCCCAAGGAUGCCGCCAAAGACCAGGUUGCGUUUGCCCGGCGAGACACUGGUGAGAAGGGCUCUAUUCCCAUCGCCGACCUGGCUACCAAGGUCCCCGAACUGCUCGAGACCAUCCAGAAGGCCAUGUACGACAAGGCAGAUGCAGCUUUCAGGUCGCACAGAAUUGUGGUGGCUGAAUGGGAGAAGGUGGUCCCGGCACUUGACUCUAAGAAUGUGGUCUUGAUCCCUCACUGCCUCGAUGGCAAGUGCGAGGACCACAUUAAGGACAUUACCAAGGGAACUGGUAUGGAGUUGCAGGCUGAUGGUCAGAAGGCGCCUUCGAUGGGCAUGAAGAGUCUGUGCAUUCCAUUUGAGCAGCCAGAAGGCCUGGUAGAGGGCACCAAGUGCUUGAGCCCUGACUGCGACAAGCUCGCACAGAAAUAUGUCAUGUUCGGAAGGAGUUACUAGGGUGAUCUAGUGUGGCUGAAGAACAAGAUGAAGGAAAAGAAAUAAAAUCCCCGAACCUCCAAUGAAAGCGUUGAAAAUUGUUAUUAAAAGGUCUCCCUUACAUUGUAGCGGUCAAUGCACCAUGUUACACCUGGAUUUGUUUAAUUUGUCACGCAGUCCAUCGAACGACAUACGGAAUAAUUAUAUCGCGCUGCAAAUCAACCCUACUUACACGGAGACAAUUGGGUGG